UGAGAAUCGACUCUCCGUUCCAACUCUAUACCGCUUUUACCCUGUAGCCGAAGAGACGAGAGAGAAAGAGAGACAUCAGAAGGGCAACCGAACCGACGCUAUGAAGCAUUCUCCAUCCUCGAUCUCGAGUCCCAGCUCCACUGCCGCAUUCGUAUACUACAUCCUACUCGUAAUCCUCAGCCCUGCCACUGCCCUCGUUCGUCUCCGUGGCAGUUCCUUCUCUUUCACUUUCAUAGAUGCACCCGCUCGCUUCGCCAUCCCCGUAGAUGGCUUCGGCGCCUGUGGUUCCCUUCACAUUGCCAAUCCCCUCGACGCCUGCUCUGCACUACGCCAUAACUCCUCCGUUAGUCGGGUAGACCCGACCACAGUCGAUCGUUUUGUUCUCAUUGAGCGCGGCCAUUGCAGCUUUGACCGCAAGGUUAGGGUUGCGCAGGAAGCGGGCUUCCAGGCUGCGAUCAUCUUCGAUGAUCAGGACAUAGGUUACUUGUACUCCAAUUUUCACUUGGCAUGUGUGGAUUCAUGGUUGACUAAAUGGGGAACGUUCUGCCCAAUAUGCAAGCAGGAAAUGAACUCGAAUAGCUGCUAAAUGUUGCACGACCACUACUAGAUUUUUUCCAGUAAAAAGCACCUUACCAGUUCCAUCCGUCAUGUUUGUUUAAAAAAUAAGAAAAAGAAAGAUAUUUGUUGCAAAGUGCAGGUGGUGAAGCAGAAGAUUUGCGUUUUGUUUCUCUUUUCAGAGCUUAUUACUUGUAUUCUGUACACUUGUGGAAAGAGCUAUUUAGAAGGAUGCUUAUGUAAUACUGCAUAGAAGGAAACUAAGAUGCCUAUGUACAUAACUAAUAGCAGAUUCCUGUCAAUUGAAGGUAUUAAAGGGCCGUUUGUUCUGAUGUUUUUUAGCGUAAAAUAAAAGAAAUAUUAAGGGUUUUAAGUUUUUAAGUGUUUGAUUGAGACAAAUAAAUGUAAAAUAAUUUUUUUUU